UGCGCAACGUACGGACUCAACGUGGAGCGCGUCUUCCAGGACGUUGCUCAGAAGAUCGUGGCCUGCAGGAAGAAGCAGCAGCUCUCCAUCGGACCCUGCAAAUCUCUGCCCAAUUCUCCCAGUCACACCAGUGUGUGCACGGCCCCAGUGGCAGCCGUGCACGUGAGCCAGACCUCUAAUGGAGGCAGUCUGAGUGACUACUCUUCGUCAGUUCCUUCCACUCCCAGUACGUCUCAGAAGGAGCUGCGUAUCGACGUCCCUGCGACCACGAACACUCCCACGCCCGUCAGGAAGCAGUCCAAGCGCCGCUCAAACCUCUUCACCUCGAGGAAGGCGAGCGAGCCGGAGAAGAAGAGUUUAGAGAAUCGAGCCGACAGCAUCGGCAGCGGGAGAGCCAUCCCCAUCAAACAGGGCAUGCUGCUGAAGAGGAGUGGUAAAUCUCUGAAUAAAGAGUGGAAGAAGAAGUACGUGACGCUGUGUGACAACGGACUGCUCACCUACCACCCCAGCCUGCAUGACUACAUGCAGAACGUGCACGGGAAGGAGAUCGACCUCCUGAGGACCACAGUGAAGGUCCCGGGGAAACGACCCCCCCGAGCCGUGAGCUCCGUCAGCGCCGUGCCGAGCCCCAAAACCAACGGGCUCAACAAGGAGAUGGGCGGCCUGCAGCUGGGGGGCGCUCCAGGUUCAGUCUCCAGCUCCUCCUCUCAGAUGUUGAGCGGCGUGUCUCUCGUCUCGUUCUCGGGGCGAGGGAUCGAUCAUCAGCGCUCGUACUCCGUCUCCAGCGCCGACCAGUGGAGCGAAGCAGGAGUCGUCAUCGCCAACUCUGGAGUCAGCACAGAUACUGGUCUGGGGGACUCUCUGUGUUCCAGUCCCAGCCUCUCCAGCACCACGUCUCCUAAGAUGGAGCCCCCUCCCUCGCCUCACGCCAACAGGAAGAAGCAUCGCAGGAAGAAAAGCACCAGCAACUUCAAAGCUGACGGCCUCUCUGGUACUGCGGAAGAGAGCGAGGAGAACUUUGAGUUCACCAUCGUGUCUCUGACGGGGCAGACGUGGCACUUUGAGGCCACGUCGUACGAGGAGAGAGACUCCUGGGUCCAGCUGAUCGAGAGCCAGAUCCUGGCCAGCCUGCAGGCCUGCGAGAGCAGCAAGAACAAGUCUCGUCUCCCGAGCCAGACGGAGGCGAUGGCUCUGCAGAACAUCAGGAGCAUCAGAGGGAACGAACGCUGUGCAGACUGUGACGCUCAGAACCCGGACUGGGCCUCUCUGAACCUGGGCGCCCUGAUCUGCAUCGAGUGCUCUGGGAUCCACAGGAACCUGGGCACGCACUUGUCCAGGGUGCGCUCUCUGGACCUGGACGAGUGGCCUCUGGAGCUGAUCCGCGUCAUGACGGCCAUCGGCAACCAGCUGGCCAACAGCCUGUGGGAGGCGGAGCGGGGGGGGGCGGCAGAAGCCCUGCCCCGACGCCAGCAG